GAAGGUGCACAGGCUCUUAAGAGUAUAGCUUGAUAAGUUAUCAAACAAGUGGGUAAUACACACUUCGGAGCCAAAUGCUUGCAGACGUCGUUCUCCAACAAUAAGCCAUGCACCGGGACCGCCCACGUUAUGUGAUUGACAGGCCGGCAUAUAACCUCCCAGACUUUGACGGAGAGUUUGACAAGAAGAGUCGACAAUUCCCUGUUCGAGAGAAAGUGAGGAAACUCUUCAGAUGCUCUGUACUGAGACUGAAGGGCCUGUUGUUCAGACAUCUGCCUAUACUGAGCUGGCUUCCCAAGUACAAAGUGAGAGAAAACCUGCUGUGUGAUGUCGUCAGUGGGGUCAGCGCUGGCACCAUUCAGGUUCCCCAAGGCAUGGCAUUUGCCCUCCUGGCCAACCUCCCUCCUGUCAACGGUCUCUAUUCCUCUUUCUUUCCCCUCAUCCCGUAUUUCUUCAUGGGCACUGCUCACCAGAUGGUCCCAGGUACGUUUGCUGUCCUCAGCAUCAUGGGGGGAGGUGUGUGUCUGAGGCUGGCCCCAGAGUCGGACUUCAGUCAUUUCAAUGCCACUCUUAAUGCGACAGUAGUGGACACAGACCUGAUGAAUGAGGUUCGCUUGGGAAUAUCUGGAACCCUGGCCUGUCUCACUGCAGUCAUACAGAUUGGCCUUGGCUUCAUGCAGUUUGGAUUUGUAGCCAUCUAUCUGUCAGAAUCCUUCGUCAGAGGCUUCAUGACGGCUGCUGGAUUGCAGAUCCUCAUCUCAGUGCUCAAGUACAUCUUUGGCAUCCAAGUGCCCCCUUAUAGCGGUCCGCUGGCUGUUAUAUAUACUCUCGUAGAUAUUAUACAUACCCUUGGAGAUACCAACAUCGCAUCGCUAGUAUUCGCUCUGGUCAGCAGCGUAGUUCUUAUUGUGGUGAAGGAGCUGAGUGCACGGUACCGCCACAAGCUGCCUUUCCCCGUUCCUAUGGAGAUUGUAAUUGUUGUGGUGGCCACAGCCAUCUCCGGCCCACUGCAUCUUCCUGAGAUCUAUCACAUGGACAUAGUGGGAGAAAUCCCUUUGGGUAAAGCUUUCCCAGCACCAAUCCUGCCAACAGUGAGUCAGUGGGAAGACAUGUUGAGCACAGCUUUCUCUCUGGCAAUCGUGGGUUAUGUAAUCAACCUGGCUAUGGGAAGAACACUGGCAGCCAAGCACGGCUACGACGUGGAUCCCAACCAGGAAAUGUUGGCUCUAGGCUGCGGCAAUUUCCUGGGGUCCUUCUUUAAGAUCCAUGUGAUCUGCUGUGCCCUGUCUGUUACCCUGGCUGUGGACAACGCUGGUGGAACAUCACAGUUCGCCAGUUUUUGUGUGAUGCUGGUUGUAAUGGUUACCAUGCUUGCACUGGGAGCCUUCCUGAAACCGCUUCCAAAAUCAGUGCUUGGAGCCUUGAUUGCAGUGAACCUGAAGAACACUCUCCUCCAGCUCUCUGAUCCCUACUACUUAUGGAAGAAGAGCAAACUGGACUGCUGUGUGUGGGUUGUGUCAUUCUUGGCCACAUUCUUUCUCAGCUUGCCUUAUGGAGUUGCUAUUGGAGUGAGCUUUUCCAUUCUGGUUGUGAUAUUCAAGACACAGUUUCGCAAUGGUUCGUCAAUGGUUCAGAUUAUGGAUACGGAUAUCUACAAAAACCCAAAGGUGUACAGUAAGGUCAUUUCAAUCACAGGUGUGAAAAUAGUGAACUAUUGCUCACCACUCUAUUUUGCAAAUGCUGAAAUAUUCCGCCAGAGGGUCAUCAAAAAGACCGGGCUGGACCCUGGCAAACUGAUCCUGGCCAGGAGGAAGUUCUUAGAGAAAGAACAGAAGGAGAAAGCGAAAGAAGAGAAGAAGGACAAUGAGACCAGAAGGAGGAAACCCAGAUUUUUGGUUAACAUGAAGAAGGCUCAGACCAUAUCUCAGCUUGAACUGCAACAUGACUUUGAUAUGAAUGAAGGCACUGCCAACAAACCUGAGCCUCCCAACAGCCACGUCAACAUCCGCUGUAGUGACAUUGAGCCAGGCGAGCAGGCGCCGGACCAAGAGCCGCCCAGUCCCACGCUGGAGUCCCACCCCAUGCCCUUCCACACCCUCAUCCUCGACUUGGCAGGGGUCUGCUUCAUAGACCUAAUGGGCAUCAAAGUAUUGUUGAAGAUGAACUCGAGCUACGAGAUGCUGGGCAUUAAACUAUACCUGGCUAAUGUUCAAGUCCAGGUGUAUGAAGAACUGGAGGUCGGAGGAGCUUUCGAUGACGGCAAUAUUGACCGCAGUAAUCUCUUCCUUUCCGUCCAUGAUGCUGUUGUGUUUGCUCAGCAGACCUCUGGAGAGAGGCACAUCUCCUCAAAGGAAGAGACAGCGAGGCAGAAACUUGCCAUGACCGUUAAUGAGGAGAAGGAUCUGGAGCAGGAACUGUUUUGAGCACUGAUUGCUGCAGUGAAGAUGAGCAGAAGAAACAUGCAGAAGAUGCCAAAAAUACUCCCUGUGCUUUAUAUUAUAUCUAUUUCUUUUAUCUAUAUCAAUUAUUUUAAGAAAAAGUAUUACUUGUGGGUUGGGCACAGUCAGUACUUGACUCCACUGACAGGGGGUGACACAUACCAGCACAAGAGACGCGAAUAACAAAGGAAGCACUGAGCAGAUAAUGAAGU